GACUGCACUCGACUCUCGACUCUCGACCUCGACCUAUCCGCAGCACGGAUUUUCGCGGGUAAUCCACGAUAGCUCGCCGAUCGACUACGUCCAAUUUCGACCAUCUUCUCUUUACACAACACUCUUUUAACCUCUCUUUGCCCAUAUAUAUUACAUUUGAGAAUCAUGGCAGAGGAAGAGUCUGAGGAAAAGGAGUACCGGUGGGAAACUGGUUACGAAAAGACAUGGGAAGCGAUCAAGGAAGAUGACCACGGCCUAUUGGAAGCUUCUGUCGCAGACAUUAUCCACAAUGCUAAGAGAAAACGUCAGUUGGAGAGGAAACGGGGCGCCAGAUUAGGAAUGAUGAGGCAUCUCUACGUCAUCCUCGACGCCUCCGAGUCCAUGUCGAAUCAGGAUUUGAAACCAACUCGUUUUCUGUGUUCUCUAAAGCUUCUAGAAGAUUUUAUCGAAGAAUUCUUCUAUCAAAACCCUAUAAGUCAAUUAGGUGUAAUUAUAACGAGAAACAAAAGGGCUGAGAAAGUGAGCGAUUUGGCUGGUAAUUCAAAGAAGCACGUCAAGGAAUUGCAAACGUUACAACAAACUGUAGUGGGCGGCGAGCCUUCUUUGCAAAACUCUUUGGAAUUGGCUUCAAAGUUAUUGAAAUUAUUACCGUCGCACGCCAGCAAAGAGAUAUUGGUAAUCAUAGGGGCCUUGACCACCUGCGAUCCUGGAGACAUCAACGAAACGAUACGAAACAUGAAAUUGGACGGUAUUAGAUGUAGCGUGAUAGGAUUAGCCGCUGAGCUCUACAUCUGUAAACGAAUGGCAAACAUCACCGGUGGCGAGCACAGCGUUGCGCUCGACGAUAAACAUUACAAAGAGCAAUUGAACGCACAUGUAGAUCCACCGCCUGCCGCAACGCGAUUAGAUGCAGCGCUUGUGAAAAUGGGAUUUCCUCAUCAUGCUUUACAUUCCAGUGCACCGGAUACAUCUAUGACAGUGUGUAUGUGCCACGCACAAAGCUCCGAUGAAACGGUGAAACUUAUGACUACUGGCUACCUCUGUCCCCAGUGCCUCAGUAAGCAUUGCGAGCUGCCUGUGGAAUGUAGAGCUUGUGGCCUUACUCUGGUAUCUGCUCCACAUUUAGCGCGAUCGUACCAUUAUCUCUUUCCUGUUGAUCCUUUUCAAGAAAUUCCACCCGAGACCGAUCACUCUUUCUGCUUUGGUUGCCAAAAAGCUUUUACGCAAAAGGAUAAAAAGGUAUACACUUGCGGAAAGUGUGAUGAAACAUUUUGUUUAGACUGUGAGAUAUUUAUUCACGAGAUAUUACACACGUGUCCUGGUUGUGCGGUAAAUCCUGAAACAUACAGAAAGUCUGCAGAUAGAUCUUAAAAUUGUCCAUUUCGAGGAAAUUGGAAACACUGCCAAAGAGCUAACAAAAUUGUCUUACCUAACAUAUUGUAAUCAUUAAUUUUAUAGUAAUUUUAUCGUUACAGCAAACUACGUUUACACAUUACUGUAAAAUUCAGUAGGUAAUCCUAUUAUAUCUAAAAGCGUAUAUUAAAACAAUUUUUAUAUCAACAUGGAAUAUUUCUUUACUGGCGUGAAAUUGUGUUACAACUUUUAUCACUCUAGAACAUAUAUUCCAAAGAAUUUUGCAUAGAAGCUUGUAAGGCAAUUCCUAUGCAUAAUGCAAACAAUAAAAUUACAAUGACUAUUAAGAUUACAAUAACUAGAGCUAGAACUGGAUGGACCAUGGAGAGGAGCAUUAUCUCGGUUCAACUAAAUAAUUCAAGGUAAAAAAGAAAAGAGAUUACGAUAAUCAUAACAUCAUAAUAUGGCUAUGUACUCUUACUAUUUUAUAGAAUGAGAAAUUUUGUACAAACACACAAAUGUAUUUAUAUAAACAAAUUAAUUAUGUGUAUAUACGUAUAUGCAUAUUCUGUAUUAAACAUAUUAAACACAAUGUUUAUACAUGAAGAAAGAAAAAAAA